AUGGGUGUAUCUUCUCCAUCGUCGACCACGACCCCUCUGACACCCAUUACCAUUACCUCUGGUACAUCAUUUAAAAGACGUUACAAAGCAUGCUUUACCAAACGACAGCUUGCCACUCUCACCAGCCUAAAAAAAUCUGCUGGAUUGGCUGCUAAGGAAGCUACUGCCCGUCAUGCGAGCUGCAAAUUUAUUCAAGACGUAGGCAAAAAGCUCGGCUUCCCUCAGACAACGAUCAGCACGGCACAAGCUUUAUAUCAUCGAUUCUACGUAUACUAUUCCAUACGUGAAUACGCACCCCAGGAUAUCAGUGUGACUUGUGUAUUCGUUGCUUCCAAAAUUGAGGAAACCAUCAAGAAGCUUAAGGAUGUAUUUGUGGCCGUGCACAGUGUAAAGUACCCAGGUAGCAAGGAAUUAGAUCCUGAGAAUGUGUCUGAAGAGAGACGGCGUAAAAUCAUUGGCUAUGAAAAACUUUUACUCGAGACACUCUGUUUCGAUUUUCAAUUUCGGCAUCCUUAUGAAUAUGUGAUAAAAUUUGUCAAAUGGGUUCAGGCUUUCCAGACACUCGAUGCUAAGCGGUUAGCCCACAAAGCAUAUAGUUUGGCAGUCGACAGUUAUCGAACUUCACUGUGUGUCGAAUACCCUGCGCACACGAUUGCUGCUGGUUGCAUAUACUUGGCUUCCAGGCUAUUAAAAGAAGAAGACCCUGAAUUUCAUGGCCUGGCAGAGGAACAACCUUGGGAUCAAUUACUUUUAUCCCGUAUUGAUGAUAUUGAAGAUGUCUGUCAACAGAUAUUGGAUUUAUACAUUUGUAGUGGUGCACACAAUGCAACCGCACAAUACACUCGGAUUAAAAUUGAAUUGAAUGAGCAGGCUCAUCGACGCGGCCCAGAUCCGAACAUGGAUGACGUGACAAGACAAGAAAUGAAGGCACGCACACCUGAUUGGGAGUUUGACGGAACAACCCCACUAGAUGUGGUCAAUACAAAUCAACAUACUGUUUCCUAUCACUUUUCGACUAAUGCACCUUAGGGUAUUAAGGGUGAUAAAAAAGUGUAAUAGAGAUAAAAGUGCUGUAUGUAAAUAAAUAAUCAAAUGAAAGC